CAGAGACCGUAUUCCUUGGCCUAGGCGUACUUGCGAGUUUCCGCAAACCACGGUCCACGGCCAUUUGCUUUUCCGAUUCCGUGGCAAGCCACGCCGCCGCCGCGCUGCACGACCCCCCAUUCCCCCCCGAUCCUUGUCCCCCGUACAAAUGCCGCGGCGGCGCGGCGAGGGUGGCGGACUGGAUCCAGGCUCGGUACCGACCGGAGUCUGCGGAGAGCACCGCGAGGGAGGAAGGGAGGCGUUACUGCAGCGGCGGCGGCAGUGGCUUGCAUUUGUUGGCGGUCAGCCUCGCCGUCCCCCGCCGCCCUUUCGCAGUUUCGCUUCGCUUCGCCGCGGCCGCCUUCUCCCUUGCUGAUCGACGAGGAUCCACCCUAGAAAAAAAAACUUGGCAUGUGACAGCAUAGUAGUAAUAGAUGAACUCACGCUGUUGCUGAUGGAAUCGGUGUAAGCACUGACCCCGGCAGUUAUGGAGGCAGCCUGCUCGGCCCCUACAACUCCAUAGCCACUCUGCUGCUGCUCUUUUACCAUAGCAACUUGUGAAGAAUCCUUGCUGAGCAGCAGCCAAGAGUCCACCUCCUCUUCCUUGUCACCGAUGGCCCCGGUGGUGGCUGCUGCCUCGGCAAGCACAGAAGCAGCCGGAAUGGCUGCAGCGGGGAGUGGCACCACCGGCACGCGUUGGUGCCUCCCGGCGAGCGGGUUUGCAGAGUGCACCUUGGCGUCACAGGCGGCACACAGCGCUGCCGCGUCGGCGCGGCACACCAGCACGGCGGGGGCACGCUCGCAUGCUUCGCAAACGCGCACACGCUCAUGGCGUGAGGCCACACGGUUUGCGGCGUGUACCCUCGUGUCGCACGAUGCGCAGAGGUACGCAGCGUCAGCGCGGCAGUACACCACGCCCGGCGCCGUGCGGCACCCGUCGCAUGGCUUGGGCCAUGGGCAACUCCCUUCGCCUCCUCCAACCUCCUUCUCGAGGGCGUUUCUGCCAAAAUUAUAAUUCAUGAACGGAGAGAUCUUGGCACUUGCACCACAUAGACAAUCUAAGAGGCUCAGUCAGAGCAAGCUAGUAGUAGGAUAGUCUAGAUAGCAGUAUACUGCUACCCUAUACGUGGGUGUAUAUGUCUCCUCCCGUUCCUCUGCUUUCCAUGGCUCCUAUGCCUUGUUGCAGUGACUGUGCGAGUAUGUUGGGUUGGGGGAGUCACCAAUGUCACGGGUUCAGUGUCGAGUACUAAUAGCAGGGUGUGAGGAGAAUCCUGGGAGUGACACCUGGCUUCAUUCUUGGGGCUGAGCAUCGCUGUGUGCCUAUCUUGUGGUUGGCUUUGUAUGUUGCUGCCUCCUGUUUUGUCCCAACGCCAAUCCUCAGGCAUCGAGUCGUUUUCAGAUAAAGAUUUGAUGCUCUUUGGGCAAGCCUGGGGAAUUAGACAGUAUACUUCCAGGUGAGCUGGACAGUUGCUGAGGCAAAUCCCAGGAGCUGGUCUACUGCAUGGAUCAAGGGAAUUAUCUGGAAUGUCCUAUGACUGGCACUGACGCUUGCAGCUUACAUUAUUCCUUGGACUGGGGCACUAGGCUUAAUCUAAAGAUAGAGAAUUGGAGGGCGCUGUGGUAUAGAGGAUGCGGACGGAGGGGGAGCGUGGAAGAUGCUGCCCUUCUCUUUAUCAAAAGGAAAAGGGUAGGGUGGGUUCUUUUGGAUUCGAAAACGUGAGGUUUUGUGCCAGUCGUUGCCACUCCCCCUUAGCCGUUACGCCUUUGGAACCUCGAAUGUGAGGUGUCAAGUGGAGAUACACAGGAAAAGGCCUAAAGUGCCCUGCCAGGUCACUAGAUAGUUUCCUUGCCGCCCUUCUGAUCUACAAAUAUCUAACGCAAUGUAGUGGGGAAGUCAAGUUGCUGGGGACGGCCGCUUAUAUCUGCUGCCAGGAUAUUUAUUUCCCGUCUUAUUAUGGAUAUGUUUUCUUCUCCAGGCUCAUUCAAUGAAUCCAGGACUCUUCUUUUUUGCUCGGGGAGCUAUCAUCUGUCUUGCCUUGAAGUUUCAUGAGUUGUGUUCCUCUCUUUUUUUUUUCCUAUGCCAAGGUUGCAAAUGUCUUCAUGAUGAUUUUAUUAGGAAAGAAGAAGAAGCCCACUCUAAGUUCUGAAUUAAGACGAUUUCUCCUGAUCUGAGUAAAUUGUUAUACAGUAUUUUGGAGAACUGGAGAGAUACUUGAUUAGAGAUAAAAAUUCAUCUUGUGAUGAUAAAUUGGGUUUGCAUUUUAGAAAAAAAAGUUUUCUUGCUUUUUUUUAUUAAAUUACAUUGUACAUUAAGCUGUAGUUUAUUAAGUAAUUUUGUAUUGGUUUGUACAAGUAUUGCCACUUUUUUUUUAAUCUUUUUCUCUUUGAUGUGUAAAUUUGUUGCAGGUUAACUCAUGAUGGCAUGUGAAAUUGCUCUGUUUGCAUUUAUCCCUUUGGCUGAUAAGUAUUUAAAUGUUGGGAAAAAAUGUUUAACCAAAUCUUUGCACAGAAUUUUCAUCCUAGUGACUAUCCUUACGCAACAGCACACAAAACUGCACCACUCAACUUUUUUUUUUAAAGACAGCACCUUAAAUUGAGAAAUGAGAAUCAAAAUUCUUCCCUACUGGCGCCAUUUAUAUUUGUGCAAUGAAAAAACACCAUUUUUCCUCCUGUCAAAACCAUCUUUAUUCCAUUGCAUGAGUGCGUAUAAGCACAGCAGUUCCGUAGAGGUUGUGACCGGUGAGCUGCCGGGACUAAGCAACUGCAGAGCGGGUCCCUAAACUCAGGAAUUCUGGCAGAUGGUAACUGCUAAAGUAAAUUCAUGGGGUAAGGAGUUCUGAGAUGCUAUUUUUGGCUUUCGUACUCGGCAUAAUCUUUCCAGAAUUAUUGAUUUCUGCCUUUCUGGUUAUUCUAAAGGGAGACGUAUCCUUCGUCUCUGCAGACUGAUGCAUACAUGGAGUUCCACACAACAGUCUAGCUCAACUACUAGUUUUCAUUCAUAGGAAGCUGAUCUAACAUGGGAACAUAUGGUCUUCCAGUAACACAAUCUCUCUGGCAUACAUGCAACACCUGCUGUUCUGGAUUGUAUUUACUUUUAUUUUUGCCACAGUCAACACCUGGAAAGAUCCAAAUGUUUUUUUUAAUAAAAGAAACAGGCAUGCAUGCAUUGAAGAAGAAUAGUUUGAUGCUUCUGAGAUGCACCUAAGAUUUUUCCAAGAUUGGUGAACCCAUAGCCACCAAACACUAGUGCAGGGUUUGACCCAUUUGUUUUGCCCCAACACUGAUCGUUUCUGCUUGCUUACUCCACCAACCACAUCAGAGAGUUGGUUCAUCUCCCUCUUGACCCGUUUCUCUCAGUGCACCACGUAGCGUUGUUUCACUUUGCUAUAAAGCCCAUGCAGGCCCAGAAACUUAUCACAGAAACAUCUGAAUUGUUAUUCCCCCAGCUGCAGAGGAACAGGCAGAGCUUGGCCAGAAUAAUUCAGGAUGGCCGCAGGCGUGCUGUGCUUCAGGGCGUUUGCCCUCUCCAUGGCCUGCCUUCUCCUUGCCGUGCCCCUACUAGUGGCUCAGGACCCUUCCAAGCUGAGCCUGGAGUACUACUCCAAGACAUGCCCGAAUGUGGAGCACGUUGUCCGCACGGAGAUGGAGUGCGCGGUGCGUGCCGACACCCGCAAUGCCGCCCUAAUGCUUCGCCUGCAUUUCCAUGACUGCUUCGUUCAGGGAUGUGAUGGAUCAGUGCUGCUUGAUGACACCGCGACCAUGAUUGGGGAGAAGCAGGCGGACCAGAACGUCAACUCGCUAAAAGGGUUCGAGCUGGUCGACAAGAUCAAGGAGAAGCUGGAAGCCGAGUGCCCUGGAACAGUUUCUUGCGCAGACUUGCUCGCCAUUGCAGCUAGGGACGCAGUUGUGCUGGUAGGUGGGCCUUACUGGGAUGUCCCGGUAGGAAGAUUGGACUCCAAGAAAGCAAGCCUGGACCUAGCAAACAGUGACAUCCCUACAGCUCAGCAGGGCCUUCUCACACUCAUUGCCAAAUUCUGGCAGAAAGGCCUUGAUGCCACUGACAUGGUGGCCCUCGUUGGCUCCCACACGAUUGGAUUUGCCAGGUGCGAGAAUUUCCGCGACAGGAUCUACGGCGACUUUGAAAUGACAUCAAAGUUCAAUCCGUCAUCGGAGGCAUACCUCAGCAAGCUGAAAGAGGUCUGCCCCAGGGACAGCGGCGACGACAACAUCAGCGCCAUGGACAGCCACACCUCCGCAAUCUUUGACAAUGCCUACUACGAGACGCUCAUCAAGGGCGAGGGCCUCCUCAACUCCGACCAGGAGAUGUGGUCCAGCAUCGCCGGGUACUCAACAGCUGACACCGUGAACAAGUAUUGGGCCGACCCUGCCGCGUUCUUCAAGCAGUUCUCCGACUCCAUGGUGAAGAUGGGUAACAUUACCAACCCUGCCGGUGGCGAGGUCCGGAAGAACUGCAGAUUUGUCAACACAUAGGCUGGUGAAAACUGGAAGAAACUCGGUGCCCGUAUUGUUCUUUUGAUGGUUGGUGGUUGUUUGGAAAAUAAUGACGCUCUACUGAGGCUAUUGUAUUAUAGCAUAUAUGUGGUUGCCACUCUGAAACAUAUUUUGUUGUUUGAACUAUGAAGAUAAACAUCUUGGUCUUGUA